CCUCAAUCGAACGUGUGACGGAACAAAAUUCACUAAAAUGAAGGCUUUCUUUGCAAUUAUUGCUACUCUGAUUGUCGCCACUCAGGGUUCCUACGUCUCCAAUUCGUGGCCAUCGUACUCUGCCGGGUGGAAUUCCUGGAACGGAUGGAACGAUCAAGUUUACGCUAAAUCGUGGCCAACGAAUUGGCAAACGGUUCCUCAGGUAGCCGCCUAUCCUUAUGCUAAAUCGUGGUCAUCGGCUUGGCCAUCGGCAGCAUCCUUGUACAAUGGCUGGAAUGGAUACUACGGAGGUCAGAAUAAGGUCCAAUCGUGGGGUCUGCCAUUGGAAUCCUAUGGGGCCAGUUGGGGACACCAAAAGCUCGCUAAAGUUGUCGCACCCGUCAAAAUCAACUCGUUGGGACUUCCAUGGGAAAACUACGGUGCCGGUGCUUACGGAUGGGGACAUACUCAAGGAUUGGUCAAAUCAGUCGUUCCUGUGACGAAGCAGAUUAUUGCCACGGCAGAACCGAACUACGCCGUCCCGGUCGGAGUGCAGAAAGUUUUGUAUUAAUUGUUUGUAGAU